AAAACGUGAUGGGUCAAAAGAAAAAGCCAUAAAAUGAGAUAUUCAAUGACCAAUUUGCCCUCGUAUUCUUUCUAUAAAUCCACACCACUCUCCUCGUUCCUUCCACUCCAUUAGCCACUCUAUUCAUUUCCAAUUAUAGAUCGGCGUUUCGUGUGUAUUCUUUUGGAGAGAAGAUGUUGGGAGUGUUUAGCAGCUCGAUAGUUUCGCCGCCGGACGAGUUGGUAGCGGCCGGAAGUAGGACGCCGUCGCCGAAGGUGACAGCGGCGAAGCUGAUGUCCCGGUUCCUGGAGGCGAACUCGUCGGGGGUGUCCAUUCAGAUCGGCGACGAUGUCCAGAUGGCCUACACUCACCACAACCAGUCGGUUUUACAGCCCAGAUCAUUCGCAGUUAAGGAUGAAAUGUUCUGCUUGUUUGAAGGAGCCCUCGACAACCUGGGGAGUCUGAAACAACAGUAUGGCCUUGCGAAGUCUGCCGAUGAGGUGCUUUUGGUGAUUGAAGCAUACAAAGCACUUCGUGACCGGGCACCUUACCCUGCGAAUCGAGUUGUUGGCCACCUUGAGGGGAAUUUCGCUUUCAUGGUUUUCGACAAAUCGACUUCCAGUUUAUUUGUCGCUACUGACCAAUUUGGCAAAGUUCCUCUCUAUUGGGGAAUCACUGCUGAUGGAUACGUCGCAUUUGCUGAUGAUGCUGAUUUGCUAAAGGGUGCUUGUGGCAAAUCACUUGCUUCCUUUCCACAGGGUUGUUUCUUCUCCACUGCAGUCGGAGAACUUAGAAGCUAUGAGAAUCCCAA